AUGUAUCCUUUUGAAAUGGAGAAAAUUAUCGGUGCACAAGACCCUAUUCUCCAACCGCAUUCCUGUUUAUCCUUUUUCCACUUCCUCAAAACCCAUCAUUCCAACCAUUCACUCAAACCUGACCUCAAGGCCCAUUUGAUUCUCUUUUCUAGACUCUUUAAAGCUCGCAAAUUCGCCACCAUCAAGACUAUUCUGAAUUCCGUUGUUACUGAUUCCCAAUUUCGCUCCCCAGUUUCGGGGAUCGUUGAUUUGCUUGAUGAAUUUGAGUUUCAUUUUGUUGACAAGCUUUGUGAUAUGUUGUUUAGGGUUUGUUCUGAUAAUAGGUUGUUUCCAGAGGCGGUUAGGGUUUUUGAUUAUGUGGAGGAAAAGGGGUUCGUGAUAGAGGAGAGGUCUUGUUUUGUGCUUUUGCUUGCUUUGAAGAGAUGUGGUGAGAUUGAGUUGUGUCUUAGAUUCUUCCGCCGGAUGGUUGAGUCUAAUGGAAUUGAAAUUAGGGUUCAGUCUUUGACACUUGUGAUUGAUGGCUUGUGUAAGAGAGGAGAGGUUGAGAAAGCUAAGGAGUUGAUGGAUGAGAUGGUCACUAAAAGCAUUGUGAAACCGACUGUGUUUACUUACAAUACGUUGUUGAAUGCGUAUGUUGGAAGAAAGGAUCGAAGUGGAGUUGGUGAGAUACUGAGGUUGAUGGAGAAGGAGCCGGUUGUUUUUAGUGUGGCGACUUAUAGUAUUUUGAUUCAGUGGUAUUCUAGUUCUGGUGAUAUUGGGGAAGUGGAGAAGAUAUUCGAGGAAAUGCGUGAAAGAAAAAUAGAAAUUGAUGUUUAUGUUUAUUCGUCCAUGAUAAGUUGGAAUUGUAGGUUGGUAAAUAUGAAAAGGGCAUUUGCGUUGUUUGAUGAGAUGGCUCAGAGAAAUGUUGCUCCUAAUGCACAUACUUACGGCGCGUUGAUUGGUGGUGUGUGUAAGGCUGGUCAAAUGGAAGCUGCGGAAAUCUUGUUGGAAGAGAUGCAAAGUAAGGGAAUUGACCUAAAUAUGAUAAUAUUUAACACGAUGAUAGAUGGCUACUGCAAAAGAGGAAUGAUGGAUGAAGCUUUGAGGCUGCAAACGAUCAUGGAAAGGAAAGGAUUCAAUGCAGAUGUGUUUACAUUCAACAUUCUUGCAAAUGGGCUAUGUAAAUUGCAUAGGUAUGACGAAGCCAAGUGUACUUUAAAUUCAAUGGUAGAGAAAGGAGUGGAACCAAAUGUUGUGACUUUCACUAUGUUUAUCGAGAUAUAUUGCAAGGAAGGAAACCUUGCUGAAGCUGAGAGGUUCUUUAGGGAUAUGGAGAAAAAGGGAGAAGUGCCUAAUAUUGUUACAUAUAACACUCUCAUUGAUGUGUAUUGCAAGAAAGAAAAAGUGAAGCUAGCACAUUUGACAAAAUCUGAAAUGAUAAACAAGGGGUUAUUGCCAGAUGUGUAUACAUACACAUCGCUAAUACACGGGGAAUGUAUUGUUGGCAGGGUAGACGAGGCGCUUAAAAUUUUCGAUGAGAUGAGGUCAAAGGGGAUAACUGGAAAUGUCGCAACGUAUACAUCACUUAUUUCAGGUUUAUCCAAGGAGGGGAGAGCAGAUGAAGCAUUUAAGUUGUAUGAUGAGAUGAUAAAAAUGGGCCUAAUACCUGAUGAUAGAGUUUUUUCCGCACUUGUUGGUAGUCUUCACAAACCUCUCACUCAUGCUGGUCUAAAACAAAAUGAGUAUGAGGAUCUGAAGGUUCACAUAACAGAGGCUAUCUUGUUGGUUGCCAUGGCUACUUCAGAAGACAUGAGAAUCAAUGCAGAACAUAUCAGAAUAGCUGAUCAGUUUGUGGAAGUACCUGGUGGGACCAAUAACAAUAACUACGCUAAUGUGCAGCUUAUUCUAGAGAUUGCCGAGAUAACUCAUGUUGAUGCGGUAUGGCCUGGUUGGGGUCAUGCAUCAGAGAAUCCUGAGCUACCAGAUGCAUUAAAAGCAAAAGGAAUUGUUACUAGUUACUACACCAAAUUGUCAAAAGCACCCCCAGAAACGGUGAAAGAACUUGAACAAGCGGCUAGAAGAUUAGCUAUAUCUGUAAAUUAUGUUGGGGCAGCUACAGCAUCAGACUACAGAGAUAACAAAAUUCACACUGGAUGGCUAGAUAGUAGAAUUGCAAUGCGGGUUAGAGCAGAGAGACCUCCUUGGUAUCUGUCUGUUGUUGGAGGGGCACUCUAUAAAGCUACUGCUAGUAGUGCUGCUUUGGUUUCAGACUAUGUUGGCUAUCUUGAGAAGGGGCAAAUCCCUCCUAAGCACAUAUCUCUUGUCCGUUCUCAAGUGUCCUUAAGCAUUGAAGGAAGCAAAUAUACUAUUGACAUGAUACGAGGAGGACCUGGGAGUUAUAAACUGAAAUUGAAUCAAUCAGAGAUAGAAGCGGAGAUUCAUACUUUACGUGAUGGAGGUUUGUUGAUGCAGUUGGAUGGAAACAGUCAUGUAAUAUAUGCAGAGGAAGAAGCAGCUGGAACUCGCCUUCUAAUUGAUGGAAGGACUUGCUUGCUUCAGAAUGAUCACGAUCCAUCAAAGUUAAUUGGAGAGACUCCAUGCAAGCUUCUGAGAUAUUUGGUUGCAGACGACAGUCACAUUGAUGCAGACACACCAUAUGCUGAAGUUGAGGUCAAGCCAUGCAGUUUGGAUGUUAAUACCAGAAAAAUCAACAUAGAUGCCGGUCAAGAAGAAACAACAGUAGAGACAAUCUUGGAAGAACUGGCACAGGAAAUCCAUUCCUCUGUUGGUGUAAGAAUGCAUAGAUUAGGAGUUUUUGUAUGGGAAGUGAAGCUCUGGAUUACAGCAUGUGGACAGGCAAAUGGUGCUUGGAGGGUCAUUGUAAACAAUGUUACUGGUCAUACAUCCACUGUACAUGGGAAACAUGUCAAGGACGAGGAGAAGUGGAGAUUGCCGAAGCUACUAUGA